AUGAAAUGCAACGAUGAUCUCCAAUUUUCCAAAUUUGUUUACAUUAGAAUUUUCCUGUUUCAGUUACGCGUGUGGUUCCAUGUGAAAGCGAUUGUACAGAAUAUUAUGCCUCUAAGAGGAUCAGUAAUAAGGUGAGACCUAUCAAAUAGGAAAGAUCUCAUGUUUUUAGAGACAAUCUAACAGUAUGAAUUUUUGGAUAUUUUCAGAUAUCUUUGUAAACUCACGGAUAAAGAACUGAGGUUGUCAGACAGAAGGUUAAUGGCGGACACAAUGUGGACGACAGUCAAGAGUCCUCCACAAUACAGCUUGAUAUUUGACAGGUACAGUUCUGAAGGAUACCAUGGUUCCCACUAGAAUAAAGACACUCGCCAUGGGAAUGGGGGUCGGGUCAAUGGGCGUCUCCCCGUGAAGAUUUUGAAAUUCAAACAUUCUAAACUGGCAUUAGGAGAUUUUUUCAUAUUAUCCAAAUAUUUCACGAAGAGUAUCGUCUAAAAGCAAGAAACCUUGGCCUUGACAUUUCUAGAGUAACGAGGAAAUAUUUUGGGUUGUAAUUUCGAGAAACAACCGGCGGUUGUCUACGCUGUAGACGGCGAAAAUUUCCGGGUGUCAGCUCAGUCUAUUCACUCCCCCCUCCCAUCUUUUAGGCUUUUGGUUAUUUUGGGGUGUCAGCUCCUUUAUUUAAAUAUAUAAGUAACAUUAAUAGAUAAAAAAGGAAUAAUGUAAAACAAAAAAAUGUAAUUGUGUGAUUAUUAUGGAGCAAUAAAUUGUCUAUAUGUCAUUAUGACUCUAUUGGGUACCCUGGGAUACAGGCGCAUUUAUACAUAAUAUUGAAGUUUGUUAAUUGCAACAUUAUUAAUUAUUGGACUUUAUUAAUUGCAGAGACAGUAUGGAUUUAGCGUUCCGGUAUUUUACGUCAUCGACAUUGACAGUGAGACUGACUGGACUGAAUCAAAUAACGGUAGGGGCGAUAUUGAACGGUCACCUCUAUUAAACGGACGCGAUCACUUUUUCCACGGUCCCAAACUUAAUUUUUCAUUGUUUUGAAACUCUAUUAAACGGUCAGUGCAAAGUAACUACAGCAAACGUAAUACAUAAGUUCUUUGAAUGUUUGCAUGGCGAUAAAAUAUAAUUGUUCUUGUUUGUGGAAACACCACGUAAAUUUAUUACUGCAACAUUAUUAUUAUUACAUUUAUUAUUUAUUACUUUUUAUUAAACAUAAUACAAUAUAUAAUUAAAUCUUUAUUCGACAACAUGUCAAAGUCUUUAAGUUUUGUUUAUCUCAUUACUCGAACUUCCGUAAUCACUGAAAGUGUCAAAGAGUAUAUUCAGUUUGUGUGGACGUAUCAUUCAAGCAAUUUAAGCCUGUGGUGAUUUUCUACAAGACCUGUAUUAAGCUGUCAACCUGUAUUAAGCGGUCAACCUGUAUUUAGCGGUCACUUGAGAAAUCCCCGAGGGUUCGAUUAUAUUAUGUUUAAAUUUGCUAUUUUAGAAUCAAGUUCAUGCGUUCUUCGAAAUCUUUCACAAUGAUACUCAAGUUUCUGUGGAUGUUGAUGAGUAAGUGAGGAUAAAAGAUCAACUGAUGCCAUAUUUCUCUCAAACACGGCGACUAUAUAGAUUUCAUCUCUCUAGUCGCCAUGUUUGGUGUUUGAACUACCUGUAAAAGAUCAGGGAUGGAUCCGGCAUGAUCUAGUUGGGGGGGGGGGGGGGGGGGGGUGCUCUGCCAGCUCUGGUGCCGAGUUGCGUCGGUCAUAUGCGCCGCGGGUUAGUGCGCACCCCCCCCCCAAGUAAAUCCAUCCCUGAAAAAGAUUGAAAUCAGCCACAUUUUAGCCACUGCUAACCUUCAGAUGAAGGGGCCGCUUUGCUCAAAACCUCGAAGUGUUUUUAAUAUUUUUUCAUGUUUACUUCUGAGACCGUAUGAUAAGAAUGCCCUACUAGCCUUUCCCCCUACAUUUGAAAUUUUCAUCAUCUGAUUAUUAUGUUUCACACUUACUGACUAAAUUAAUACUUUAAGUACUAUUUAAGUAGGAGUGUUUAAGCACGAGUAGGAGUGUUUUAUCAGAUAAAACACGACAACAACGAGUGUUUUGAAUAAGCUUAAAAUACGGCUACAAAAGAUGCCAUCUCAGUAUUAUUUAUAUAAGAAUACUAAUUAGGAUGAACAAUUAUAUAAUGCCACAUGUGUUUUAUCAGAUAUAAAGUCACUCCACGUGACAUAUUAUAGGUGAUAUGAUUUGCCACAAGGUUUAUGCAUUUUUAAUGAGUAUUUUAAGUACUAUUUAAAGCACGCGUAGGAGUGUUUUAUCACAUAUAAAACACGACGCGUAGCGGAGUGUUUUAUAUGUGAUAAAACACGACUACAAGUGCUUUAAAUAGCUUAAAAAACGACUCAUCUUAUACGAGUUCAUUGGCGAAGUAAUUUUUAAAAUAAACUUUGUCUAAACCGAGAAAAUCAAAGCUAAAGUUUAUGUAAAUUAACAUGAUUUUUUAUCACAUAUAAAACCACGACACGCUUAUGAUUUUUCUUUGUGUUUUGCUCCUGAAUUAUUAAUGAGUUUUUUAAUGAAUUAUAAUUGUUCGUUUUUAUCAUUAUUGUAUUGUAUCGUGCAUGUACAUAUUUGUAUAUUUUUAUACGGUUUAAAUAUUGACAAUAUUGUAAAUUAUUGUAUUUUUGAUGCAAUGUGAUGUGGGUAUCCUGGAUAAAUAUAAUAAUUAUUAUUAUAUAGAUUGUGUGGUAAGUUGGCCUCCUGGCUGGUUGAAAUAAACAUCGUGGAUCAUUUGUUUGGUCCAAACCUACACGUCGAGGUAAAUAAACUUUUAAUAUUCAUCAUAAAAUAAAAAUAUCCGUUGCUAUCACUUUCGUAUUUCUCAUUGUAGCUGUUGAAACAGUCUCAAGUGAUUUUGAACUUUCUUGCACAAGAAGCAAAAAUAACGAACCAGCAUCUUCAAUGCAUAUGGGCAGCAGCACAGGUUAGUACAAACCCCAUACAAGCAAGCUUUUAGCCAGGUUUCUGAAAGAGGGCGUCCAAUUUCGGCGACGACAUACCUGUGCCGAGGUUCGUGGGUCAGCACUUGUUUCCGUCCACCAAAUUGACGUGACGUCAAUUUCGGAAGAUGGAAGAGGUGUUAAAUGACUUUGUAACUAACCCAAACCCUACCCCUACUCUAACCCCCAGCCUUAACUCUAACCCUAACCAAAAUAAUAAAAUGAAUCCAAAAAGAAUCAACUUUAAAAAUUGAUCAAAUGACGUAAUGUCAGUUUGGUGGUUGGAAACGAGUGAAAACCGGGUUCAUGUACCUCUGGAAAAUCUUUGAAUUUUGGGUCUCGUAUACAGUAUCAAAUUUUACAGUCCUUCAUGUCAGCAUCUACAUAGUACUCAUUCGAGAUUUUUAGGAAAAUAGUUCAGAAUAAUUUCCCUUUCCUUCCGGACGUUCGGGCGUUCAUUUUUCGUUGUAAGGUGUCCCAGAGCGCCCGGGCACCCUUCCUGGGUAAAUCCAGCAUACAAGAAAAAAAGAUGUCUCCCUUCUGAAGAAAGAUGUCCUGCCUCCCGUCUUUCCUACUAGAUUUCGGAUAUUCAUGCAAUACACUACAGCACUUAUUAGAAAAGUUCAGAUUUGACUUUCACGACGUCUCACAUACGGAUUUGAUGCAUCUGAUUGGUUAAUGGUUGUGGAAGUGAAAAUCUCUCGUAUCCAACUGAAUGAAGUUUUGAUUCCAUUGUAGCUUAAGCAUGCAAGUCGUUACGUCCACGACCUUCUCACGACGUUAGCAAAACAUCUAGAUACCGAGUUGAUACAAUAUCUGCUGGGCCUGGUGUCUAGUUUACCCGUGGCGUCUCACAACAAGCAGACGUUGUACCUGGCACUAGUAUUGAUCAGGAUUGUUUGGAACAAUGCUUUAUCAUCACAUCAUCAUCAUCAACACUCACAAGGCGUCAUUGCCAGACGGAAUAGUCCUGCUUCAUCCACCGCUGUUGUUGGGGGUACGUAUUGUAUAUCUUAAGAGACGUAUCCUUAUUACUGGAUACCUCCCUUAAACAGACACUGCCUUUAAUCGUAUCUCCUGUCUCACUGUUAAUAAAAUGGUAAUUUCAUCACUUUUUGGCAAAACAGACAGUGAUUCCGUUAAUCAAAACCACCACUUCUAGACGUGAAAUUGGAUUAUGGAUCAUAUUUGACUCACGAUUAAAGACUGUAAUAUGGUUAAGAUUUUGAUCACAAUAGGAAUUAGCCCAACAGAUUAACUUCGAACUUUAUUCCUAUGUAGUUAGGUAACGUCAGUCAUGAUUAGGGAUUGUAAUAAAGAUUGGAUUAGGGUUUAUAUUAGGAAUCGGAUUAAGGAUUGGAUUUAGGGAAGAGUUAGGUAAAGAUUAAUUCUAUCCAACUGGUUUAUCACGUGACAUCAUCCCUAUCUCCUUUUAGCCAAUACAGCUGCUGCAGUUGCGGCCUCCCUCCACAGCAAUCUUAUUCAACCAAACAACAGUUCAAUUGGAAGUCCAAGUAGUACGAGUACAAUCAGUGAUGUGAGUCUGGAUACAGCCUUGCCAGGGAGAAGGUAUGUCACUUUACUUGUUAGCUGUACUAUUCCUGCUUUCGUUUUUCCAUAUUUUUGGAAUGGUCACUAAAUAUACGAGUCUCAAUCUGACAGUUGGCUAUCAUCAGCUGCACGAAAGUACUUAGAGCCAGUUCACAUCUUGUCCUAGGAGACACAGUGGCUAGGGUGGCUUUCACCUCUGCUAGCGGGUUUUGUUGCCUGCAGUUGUCUGAUUUUAAUUACGCCUCAGUCGCAUGUGAGAAGAGUGCUUCCAGUUUGACUCUACCUCAUCUUCCCUCUGUUACUUCGGUCUCCUCCUGCUGGACCAAUGAAGAACAGCCCUUACUGUGUCUCUAAAGAGAAGAGUUUGAAACUGAUAGAGCUGUCCAGUAUCAGUUCCCUCGUGCAGUAACACUGGACCAAUAAGGGAUGACACUUACUGGACCUCUAGUUUAGUUUUCUUGCCACUAUAACGCCUGUAUUCUAAAAGCUUGGGUUGGAGGUUCAAUCUGGGCUGGUUCAAUCUGAAGUUCAAGUUGGGCUGGAGGUUCAAUCUGAGCUUCCCUUAAGUAUCAGUGCUGUUUUUGAAUAGCUGGAGGGUGAGUAGUCACAUAGUACGCAGGAUUUUUUUCAGGGAUUUUUUAGGGCCGUAAAACGGCCCCAAAAACUCAAUCUUGAAUUGAGUUUUGAAACUCAAUCUUGUCAUCAAAAGAUUCUGUGCAAUAAAAUGAAGUUGUUUGAGUUAAAUCAUGACGUGUGCAAAUUAGUUUUCAGUUGAAAACCCGAAAAUUAAGAGAAAUAUGGCUGGAAUUCAUUUCACAACACACGAAAAACAACACAUUCGCAAUCUUUAACCAGUUUAUAGUGUCCUUUAGUGCCCCUGCUUUAAUACAUUGCAUCUCAACUACACUGAAGUGGGCGGGGGGGGGGGGGGGGGGGGGGGGGGGGGGGGGGAGACAGCCGUCCCAGCUGUUCAGCUAAACUCAAUCUUCUCUGCAAAAACGGACCCAAGAGAAAAUUCUGAAAAAAACCCUGAGUACGGUACGACACUAGCCCUCCAGCUAUUCCAAAACAGCAUUGACACACAAGGGAAGCUCAUUUUGAACCUCCACUCUUUGAGUGAGCUUUUAGAAUACAGGCGUAAGUAUCGGUAUAUCUGAAUUUGACAAUCAGCUGUUAUGCCAACAUAUUUAGAAGAUCCUUUUGUCAUUUCAGUGAUUCUCAAGAGGAGAUUCCAGAAGCAGUGAAGCGUGAAUACACUGGCUCGACAAUCGCUUACAGCCAAGACCAGACUAUGAAGGAAGUGUCAGGGAGUAGCAGCAGUGAUGACUCGAUCACGUGCUCAGAUCGUGCUGUCCUCGAGGAUUUCGAUGACGAAGAACUGGGAUAUAAACAUCACGAGGAAGUCACGUGCGUAACAGAGGAGAGAAAGAAGGUCAACUUCCGGUUAGAAGAUGUGUGCGUUGAAGGGAAUACAUUAUUGUGGGAUAUCGUUCAGGAUAAAAAUGCAGUGAGUUUUGUUCAUGGGAUUAAUUUUAUCAGAGUUAUGAUGUUUGUGAUGUUACUCUGAGUGUAUAUUUCCCCCCCGGGCAAGCUUGAAAAAUAUGCCUGGCCACGGUGGGAAUUGAACCUACGACCUUUCAACACAACACCAACACACACAAAAAAAUGAUCAGAAUUAUUUAAGACACUGGUUGCUCCCGCAUGAAUAAAACAUACAGGUUUAAGACCAAGUCAUACCCGACAGACUAUUUUCCUUUUGAGCGUGAUGUAAUCAGCGUGAUGUCAGCAUGAUCUCGGGAUCCUAAUGGUGAUCUCGGGAUCCUGAGGGACAUUUGCCUUAGGAAGAAGAUGACACACUUUCUCUAGGUCUGCGAUGAUGGUGUUAUCGUUUACCAGCGUGUCAAGAGGGUAAUGUAAAGCCCUGUUUACUUUAUAUUUUAGUGUCAACUUGAAGACGGGUUACUACAAGAAGCCGAGAAGCUGCUUUGUCAACUCAUUUGCUAUGUCGGAGAGAAGAAAAUUCGUUUUCAGUUCGUCAAAGGAUGUCUCGAUAAUUUGGCUCAACAUAAGUACGUUUUUUCUGAGAUAUGUUAUGAAAUUUUAUGUAUAUUAUACAUGCAUGAGUAGGAGUCAUUUUGAAUUAAAACGAAAACGAACGCUAGCUUUCGAAAUAAAAUCGCUAUAGUAAGGCGAGACUUUUUUUAUUCAUUAGUUUACGGAUCCACCGACCGUAAAUAUUCAGAAAGUGGAAAAAAAAAUUUAAAUGUCAACAAUUUUACAAUUUUAGUUAAUUUGGGGUUCUGACAUGAAGUACAGGCCAAGUAAACUUUGACUAUAAGUACCGCUGGCUCAUGUUAUCGUUGUGACAAUCAAUAUGGAGAUUAGCCACGUUUUUUGCGUUUUUGAAGUUAAGGUUAAGAAAUUUAAUAGAGAUUAUUAAAUUUGGUUAUACUCAGUGUGUUUUUUAAAAUUUUUUUCGACCUACCGGACCUGUUUUUUUUAAGUCAAAUCUGUAAACCAAUAAAUAAAAAAAGUCUCGCCUAUAAAACAAGUAGUAGUAGUAGUAGUAAAACUUUAUUUAACCAUGCUUCCCUUAUCACCCAUGGAUGAUUUUCAUGAGGGGCGUCACACAAAUUACAUUCUAAAAACUAAUAUAAAUUAAAUAUGAAAUAGAAUAACAUAGAAUAACAAAUACGUAGAUAAAAAAAGUUAAAAAACCAAGACUAUUGGAGAGAGUAUGAUAUAACUUCUCAAACUAAGCAGUAAAGUUAUUUAUGUUGUAUAUUUCCACGUUAAGGUCAGUGGUGUUAUCCCUUGGUCUUCUUCCAAAACUCUUCUGUUCAUUUCAACCAUUUACUGGCGCGAACACAUACGAAGUGGUGGAAUGGGCGAAUAAAAAACUCAACAUGAUGAAACUGUAUUUUGAAAAUCUCGUGCAAUAUUGCCAGCAGAGGGAGAUCGGGGGCAGAGCGAAUGAAUCAUUUUUCAAUCACUAUGAAGAAGUUCAAGCGAGACUACAGUUUUUGACAUCUGUUUAUUCCACCGAAUUGUCACCGCAGAAAUUCAGUAAGUGGAGAGCGAAGGAGAAAUUUGUCGGACGUUUUUAACGUCACGCUUACUUGCGAAAUGGUGCAUGACAUAAAUAGUGCCACUGGUUCACAGCAUGCAAUUUUACUCAGUUCUGCAAAGUUUUGGAAUUAGUGAAAAAUUUAUUUGCAGAAGACCUCUGUGAACGCCUCGUGUCUUUAGUAAUCUUCGGUAUUUUCCAGGGUUAACAUCUCAUCAAGUCGACUUACUUUGGUCAUGUUUGGUUGAGGAUGACGAAUGCUCGGAUGAUACUCUGGAUUGGUUUGUAAACCAAGCGAGAAAUAAAGAUUUUCAUGCAUUGGAUGUGUUAACGUUUAAAUACAUCUUUAAAAAUAAGGUACGUACGAAAUUUCGUUUUGCAAAUUUUGGUGGGCUUUAGAAGCGUUGUGGAACGGUACUUGUUGGUCAACCUGGCGCAAUUGUCAGAAGCCACAGAAUAAAGACACACAGAAGGUCGACUCAGCCAAAAAAGCGUAACCACUGCCACGCCAUGAUUCGUCAUGAAAAUUCUGACGCCAUAGUCCUAGCCAGUGCGCUAUGAGAGGCAUUCCCCCCUGGACAUCCGCCAUUUUGAGUAUUAUCAGGGGAUGAAUGCUUCUCAUAGCCACACUGGCUAGGUUACGCCAAAAUCAUAGGAAAAACCAAGAAGUCGAUCUUGUGCUUGUCUCUAUUCUGAGCUCCCAGCUGCAAGUGAAGAUGAUUAGCAACCCGACAUACCUCAUUUCCCUCUGUUACUAAAUACAAGACUGUUCUCUUCUUUCUUUAGAUGUCUGCAUUAAAAUCACAAACAGUUUCAAUGACUGGACUGAGUCUUUUUCAACAAUUGUUUUCUCUUUUUCUAAACGAAGAACGUAGUGGUGACAGCAAGGUGUGUGCACUUAAAGUACCUUUAUAGUAGCUAAUGUAUGGUGUAACUCCUCCAUUUGUCGUCAGAGCAAAUUGUCAGGCAACUGAUGUACUUACUGUAUCUUGAACAAAAUGUGCUUGCUACAGACUUUCUAUACUUGCUACAGGUGUUGCAGAAUUUAAGUAUAAUAUGUAUAAAAUUGAACUGGAAAAAUAACUUUGAAAUGGUCGAUGUUAUCUGGCUGAUUAUCCUUUUGUAAUCCUUUUGUAACCUUUUGUAACCUUGUUUGUAAGAGUAUAUCUAUGGUAUAUCACCAUGUCUGACUGCACUUGAAGCAAACAGAAGCCGUGAUUAUCUAAACUUGCCCUAGGCAAGCGCUAAAUCACGCCACUGCAUGGCUUUAUGUGAUGUGACGUACGAUGUCUUACAGGUAAAGACAGUGCAUCACUACUGCCAUGAUGUAUAAUAACUUGUCGUAAUGUUAUUUGUGUCAACCUAGAUACCUGGCAUGGAUCAAUUAUGGAGCAUUGCGCUGAUUGCGCAGUCUGGUGAAGUUAGUCAGGCUGCUAUCACAUUCUUGAAUUCAUUUUAUAUCCAUGGUUAGUCUAUGUAAAUAAUACUUGUCAAGAAAAGCAUGUUUAAGCAUCGUCCUCACUACAACACAAGCACAAACAAGAUGAACGCUUUGAUGUUUCUUAUACUUGUGUUGUUCUCAUUGUGUCUUCACUACGACAGAAGAUAAAGCACAAGCAACAACAUCAGCAUAAGGAAAAGGACGUAACGUUUUGAUAUUCUUAUGUUUAUGAUGCAUGACGACAAGGUUUGAACGUUUAUGUGCUGCAAUGUCUGCCCAAUCGUGAUUUAACGUUCUUGGUGUUUAGAUGAGAAAGGAAGUUUGCGCAGGGAAAGAGAAUUCAUUCAACGAUGUAUGGACAGUCUAAAGAAUGCUUCAGCGACAUUCAAUGAGGUUACACAUUCACCAUGGUUUUUCAUAACGACUUUUAUUUUGUUUAUUAAACUAAGUUGAAACCAGUUGCUCACUAAAUUGUUUUAUUUCAGAAUCUCGCUGUAAGUCUGCAAAUGAUGGAAAGAGCUCUUACGUUGUUGAAAGAACAUCUGAAGCUUUUCAAGCAGAGGUCUGUAUUCCUCAAGACUCAUGCAUGCAAUAAUUAAAAGUACCUUAUUCACUAUAUCUGUGAUUUGUUAUCUUUAGGUUUGCGUAUCACUUAAAACUUCGCGCAUUGGAAGGACAGGGAAUUCAUCCUCAUCAAUUUAAGAUUCGUAACAACGAGAAAAUCUAUCCCAUUCGAGUUGUUUGUCAACCUGCAGGACGCACUGAAAAGGUGAACAAUUAUUAUUGUUGUGGUCUUAUUAGCUCUCUGAUAAAACUUGGUAUGUCGGCGGGCUAUUGUCGUUAGCAGUUUAACCAAAUAAUUCACAAAAGAAUGUAUGCAUCAACAGCUGUAAACAAUGAUAGCGCAGGCAUAACGCAGGCAUAUGUGAAUCAGGCUUAAGUCGUUUGCUUUGCUAGGACAUGCUAGUAAUACUCAGGAAAAAUUUCCAUUUGGUCCUGGCUGUCGCGACCAUGUAAAGUUGAGCAAUGUAAUAAGUGUCGAUAUAUUUUUGUAAUCGGUAAAUAUUGAUUUGCAUAAAGCACACAAAAGACAAGAUAGAUCCAGACUAUGUCACAUGUAAUGUGAUAAAGUGUCGAUAUAUUUCUACAGUCAGUAAAGACUGAUUUACGUACAGCAUACAAGAUACAAGAUAGAUACAGACUAUUUCACAUUGGUUACCUUGACUCGGGCAUGAGAACCAAAAUAAAAACCAGACGUAACCUGUUGUACACUAUCAAAGUUUCUGUGAUCACAGUAGGAAUUUUGCCUAGGUAAAUUCUAAGUUUUGAAGGAUUUGUAAGAAAUGUUUGAGGGAAAUGACUCGGUGUUUAUUUUACACUGAGUCAGUUUCCUAAAACAUUUCUUACAAAUCCUUCAAAAUUUAGAAUUUACCUGCAUGCAAAAUUCCUAAACUAUGAUCACAGAAAUUAAACCAGGCUUAAGAAAACGCUAUCUUUUUAACAGGGCACGUUCAGGAUGUUCUCCACAGACCUCGUGGCGGAGUUGCGUGCAGAAGUUACGUGUUGGUGUAAGAAACUGCAAGAGAAACAUGAUCAAAUUAAACAAGAUCAAGAUGCAGCCAAGAUGGGGCCACCUGUGUUCUUAUCCCCAGGCUCUUCAUUCUCGCCGUUCUCAGGGCUCACUCCUCCUUUUCGACUGAUCUCACAAGGACAUGAGUUGACACCGGAACUGGAUGAAAAGUCUCUUGGUGAAGUGGGUUUUAAAGAUCUUCAGGUAGUGUGACUUAGUCAUCUUCAGAUAUUGUCAGACGUACUAUUGUUGAAUAAAUACUAAGGCUUAUGAUUCCGAACAAACUAACAGACUAACAACUCACGCACGGAAUAUUAAAGCGAUGCCGUUUGGGCAAUUUUAUCUCAUCCUUCUUUCUUUUAGUUGGUCUUCGUGUCCGUGGGGGCUGGUAGACGCGACUGUAGUAAUGAUAGCAAUCUCUGUGGCUCAUCGUUGCUACCCACACCAAACCAGGAAUCAAUACCACUCAUUAUUAUGCAAGAAGAACCGAACUUCACCCAGUUGUUUGAUCUUAUACAGUUAUUACGAAAUUUUAUCAGCAAGGAAAGAAAAACAUCGGAGAUUGUUCAACUCAAAUCGUUUAGUAAACUAGGUAUGAAAAUAAGUUGAUUUUGUUGGUUUAUUCAAUUAUAAGAACUCCCGCUUCUCAAUUCUCAUCAACUCUCAUGCAAACUCUCGCUUCUCAACUCUCAUGCAAACUCUCGCUUCUCAAUCUCAACUCUCAUCAACUCUCAUGCAAACUCUCGCUUCUCAACUCUCAUACAAACUCUCUAUGUUAUCCAACACCUGUACAUUACCCAGGUGACCAUGAAAAUGAUUUGAACAUUUUGUUUUAGACUCGGAAGAAAUAAAGACGGAACAUUACGAAAAAGCAACGUUAAAUCCACAAGUUAUCUACGACGACUCCGCGACGCUUUCCAAGGUUCAACAUUUGUCACACAUGGUCUGGGACCUGCUCAUGUUCUUGCCUACCAAUUUCUCUAUUCGAAAUAAUUUAGAAACAUUCGGACAUUCAGAGGUAAAUGUCAUAAUUUGAUAGGGUAGCGAUUAAUGCAUUUCUUUGUAUAACUUCACAAAUAUUUGAAAACAAUUAGCCAGGUUAGCAUUAUUUUCCAUCCAGCAAACCGCCCUAUCAAUUUUCUAAAGUCUUUUUUUUUUGGACUUUUUUAUUAAUUCGGUUAGGGUUUGAGUCGGGGUUUCGGUUAGGGUUAAGGGUUAGAGUAGGGGUAGGGUUUGGGUUGGUUAUAUAGCCAUUUAACACCUCUUCCAUCUUCCGAAAAUGACGUCAGGUCAGUUUGCUGGAUGGAAAAUAGUGCUAACCAAUUAGCCAUUUCCCAAAUUCCUGGAUCUAGUCGCGCAAAUCCCAUGUUGGAGGGACAAGAAAUAUGGCAGCACACAUUUAAAUUAAAUGUUUAAUGUAAAAAGGAGAUAUUUAAUUUUUGGUUGUCUGAACGGUUGAUUUUGAUAGUAGAUACUUCUACUCUUCACAUAUUUGACGCCUGUCACCAUGUAAUUUGUCCCUCCAAACGAUCCCAGAAUGCACUGUGAUCUCGUUUUUAAAGUGGAACAUUUCAAUCACUUAUAUGUGACUUGAUGCGCAUUACAUUGAGUCGACAACUUUUGAUUUAAUCAUUUUUUUAGGAUUCCGAGUCUGAGCAAGUUAACUGGCGUUUAUUGUUAGACCCGUCCUGUCCACACAAACUGCUGUAUGCUUUGGAAAUCGUGCACUCCAUUGCCAAACGAUCGUUUGAAGAGGAGCUGACGAAAGACAGUGAAAAAAGCGACUUGAGUAGUGACUCUGAUAUUUCGGACAUGGACGAUGAUUCUGAGGAGAAAGCACCCCCCGUACCGCAGAAGAAAACCAAACAGGAACUUGAGGUUGAGAGAUCUCAUCUAUGGAGUCGACGGUUCGUCGAAUCCGGGGGGUUGGGGCAUCUACUUGAUAUCUUUCUAAGCGGUUGCUUACUAAUGCAGGUAUGGUGUUUUUUUUAAUAAACUGUCUCUGAGUUGACCAUCAUCUGGUAUGGUGGCUUUCUGUGCAAGUGUCUCUGAGUUGACCAUCGUAUGCUAAACCACUGCAGGAAACAAUAUUUUUGUUUCUGGGAUUCUAAGUUUUGGGGUCAAAAUUUUCUUUUUAAUAAAUUAUUUUCUGUGCCUUUUAUCAUUGUGCAAUGCCCUAAAAUUUUCUGCCAGCUAAGCCAGGUCUGAAAAUGUUCUGGGAUCCUAGUAUCCAUCAUUUCCUGCAUGCUGAACUGUCCUACUUAGUGACCCCCUCCCCCGCCCAUAUAUAAUUCAGUAAAUGAGAAACGUUUCUGGUUUAACACAGGAUAAUCCUUCUUGGACCCAGUCUCAUCAAGAAUGUCUCGCGUCGCUACUGAAUCUCGUUAAAAAGUUUGGCACACUCAAGCUCUCAGAUGAGGGUAUGCAUGAUGAGGAGGAGGUGUUUGUGGUCACUUUUGGAUCUCCGGGACAUUCAAGGAUGUCAACUGCGUACAAGGAGUUCAGGUUAAGGAACAAAAGCACCGAUAAAGAUGAUGUUGUCGAAGUCGACUGUUUAUCAAAGGUUGGAAAGCAAUGUCAUAUAAAUAGAGUUAGUUUUUCAAUAUUUUUAUGCCAUUGUUGUCAUGUUUGUUUCAUAGAACACCAUUGAAUUGAUUGACAAGAAGAAAUGUUUGGAAGCGCUGAUGACGACAUUGUAUGAAUCAACAGUGACGUCACAUCGGGAUCCUGUGAAGCCAAACCCAGUCCGGGCUGAAGGUAGGUUUAAGACAAAGAGCUUGUUCAGGUUUUCCUACUGAAGUUCAGUAAUACCUAUAAAUGACCAUACCUGUUAAAUAAUAAGCCAUAGUGUGGAGACUCCUUGGUAUCGUCCACAACUGAUUAAGUACAAAUAAAGUUGGUAUACAAGUCUUCUUUCGUGUUUAAUCUAGUUCUUUAUCACGCCGUGCAGUUUUUGGUGUCUUGGACUCACACAGAUAAUUCAGUUUUUAACAGUUUAGUCAACCAUCCAAAACUUAAACCUUGGUUACAACGUUUGGUUCUCUUGGCGCCAGAGGUAAGCCACAGUAGAGGAAGUUGUAGUGUUCUACUACGAACUGUGAAUAUCAGGAAGAAUUCUUGCUGUAUAUUAGUACUGAUCAGGUACUCCAAAUGAAGACAUGAACUGCAUGAACAUUACCACACUAAGGCUCAAAAUAAAACCUUGGCCACAUUAGAAAACCUUUUUGAAAACCGUUUAAAAAUUCCGAUUUUUCCUCGAGUUUUUCCCAGCUUGCCAAAGGUGUUUGGCAACAUCGUUGCAGAAAUUGUGAUUCUAUAUUGUCAUUUUUCACCGUGUAAUUAAGUUUUGUAACUGCAAUACGGGUUAUUAAACUAAUUAUUAAAAAAUAAUCCUUAACAGAUUCUAACACAUUGUCUUUCCCAAAUGUAAUUUUUGUGGGAACACGAUUUCCUGCUUACGGGAAACAUAGCUAAGGAACAAGGUUUCUGCGAUAAUGUUUCCUUGUUUGUGCAUUAACGACCGGUCAUUGGACAAAUGUGCAUCCCACCAAUCAGUGACCAUCACAUAGGGGCGUCGUGGGUCCCAACUUUUUUGGUAAAAAAAUUUUCCGGACAAGAACGUUACAAUUGCUUUCGUAGCACUUUUGCACUCGGCGGUCCUGCGUAUAUGCAGGUCUCAACAAUAGGGGGGGCUGCCCCCCCCCCCCGGCCACGGCGUCACUGCCAUCACAUUUCCACGCACCAUGAUGUACAGUGUACUUAAUACGUGAAUUAAACUGUUUCUAUUUUGUUUAGCAUUCUGUACGCUACGAGGCAAGCCGAGGUCUUUUCAACUUGUGUUUGAUCAAAGAGGCCUCGAAUGUGAACAUGUUACUUGAAGCUCUUCUCAAUUUUCUGCCUCUUGCAAGAAAAAUGAAGUGUGUUAAAAUUCCCGGAACACGAACUGUUGGCCCGAGUUGUCGUGAAUAUUUUAUUCUGUUGUUAAGACUUGUGGACACUUUACCUUCCAAAAGAACGGAAAAAGAAGUAAGUCUGUAAAUAAUUUGCAAAAAAUAAUUUGCAGCCAGUAAGCCAUGCGAAGCAUAGUCGAUCAAUAUGUGGUCUGUGAAAAUCUGGAACUGGUUCAAAAGCCGAUUAACUUACCCCUAGGUUAACCUAAACUUCAAAGCAAACUUCCUAACAGCUUUUUUUGUCUGUUUUGAUGUUAUGUACUCAGGUGAAUAUAAUGUUUUUGAUGUUACUCUGAGUGUAUAUCCACACCGGGUUCGAUUCCCACCUUGGUCAGGCUAACUUUUCAGCCUGCUCGGUGUGGAUAUAAACUCAGAGUAACAUGAAAAACAUCAUUCAAUUUCCCAACAGCUUGUUUAUAAAUUUGGAAAUAUUUCUUCAGAAAUUUUGUCUUGAUGAGGAGGAGUUUUCUUCUCUGAAGUUUUGAAAUAAACAGACGUGCAGAAAUACAUAAACUAAAACAGCAAGUUAAAUUUUAACCGAGGGUCAGCACUAAUCAACCUUUGAACAACCAGACCCUUGGUAAAAAAUCAGUUUCCCAACUCAUUUGAUGUUAAUCUGGUGUUUUUUUGUGCUCGUGUAGGUAUUGCAGACAAGUUUGGACUCACUUGCGUCUUAUUUGGCUGAAUCUAUUAUCAGGUAUUCGAAUACGUAAUCGUAUAAGCUGACGUACAAUGCAACAGGUGUACUAAACUUCCUUUUUCUCGCUUCAGUCACGAAAGUUUGGAGAAAGGCCGCAAUUCGUUCGAAGAUGAAACACUUAGUGGAAUGUUAAAACUCUGUGCUGCUGUGGUUCGCCAGAAUCCAUCUUUUAACUAUUCGGAAAAGAGCUUGGUAAGAUUUCAUCUAUUGGGUGGGAAUUGACGUGUGGGGAUUUUGAUGACACAGUGGUUAGGUUUCCUCUUGCAGUAACAUUGCAGGAUCAAUAAGAGUUGAUCCUUACUGGACCUCUAAGAAGAACACAUUAGAACUAUCCAGUAUAAAUAAAGUUAGUUUAGUUUAGGUUUCCUUCUGUAGUAACAUUGGAUCAAUAAGAGAUGAUCCUUACUGGACCUCCAGGGAGAACAUUUUAAAACUGGUAGAGCUACUGUUAAUCUCUUAUCAGUCAUAAACGUACUUUGAUGUACCAUCAUCUUCUUGCUUUUGUAGGUGUUUAUGAAAGAUUUGUUUCAGCAGUGUCUGUUUGAUUUACCUAAAGACUCAAGCGAUAUUCAUGUUGUACCGAAAUGCCGCUCUAAAGUAAGAAUACAUUUUGCAUUAUGUGUGUGUCAAUACAUUUGAAAUACGCCACACAGUACACUUUAAAAAACAAUACCAGCCGACAAUUUCAAAAAGUAUAAAACAAAACGAUUAUGAAAAGAGCACAUGUUUCUAUCUUGAAUUUCGAGAUGCUACUCUUUGGAUUGUGUUUUGUUUUACAGGACACUCUUUAAUGUUUUCUUCACUUGCUGUAUAACUUUAUCUUUCAGUCUUCGCGACUGGCAGCGUUUGAUCUGUUGUUGGAAUUAAGUCGAGAAUCAGAGAAGAACUUUACUGAGCUUCAAAAUUUACUUCUCAAACAUCAUUCAUCCGGUAAGGAAAUACAUAUAAACAAGUGAAUUUUUUGUAUUUUUUAAUUUUCACCCAUACUGACUUCGACAAUUUAUUUACUCUUAUUUCGUCUCCCCAGCAUUUACUCGCCUCGGUAAUUUCAUCGAUCGUACUGACUUCAACAAUUUCAUAUCAUAUGCCGAAUUGAAAUAUUUCAUUCGUGUCCUCCAUUAUCCAGAUUUUGGAGCCAAAUAAAUUUUCUACCCAGUGACCUUCCUGUUAUAUCCAGGGCUCAAAAUAACGGCCGGUCAACGGACAAUGACCGGCCAAAAAUGCCGCUUGACCGGUCACUUUUUUACCUCACUGGUCAUUUUGACCGCGGCCAGAUUUUCAUGCCUUCCAAUGUGAUUGCUGACGUCUUGAAUUGAACCUAUGAUGUAUCGAAGCAAGUUUCUAAUAGUUUGUUUCACUGUUACAUACAUACAUAAUUUAUUGGAUGCUCCUCGAGAGGCUUUUCAGCUCUAAUUUACAGUGCUUCUUAACAUUAUACUAACUACUGUAUAUCGCUAUAUAUUUACAGAGGUUUGAGUUUACGAAUAUGCUAUGAUAAUAUCUAAAAAAAUCCUAUAUGAAACAUUACUUCAAAUUUACAUUUGCAGAGGAUUACUUAUUUAAGAAAUCCGUGAGAAGGUUUUUAGUGGAAGCGUAUCAAUGACUGGUCAAAAACAGAUUUUGAUCUCCCGUUAUUUUGAGCCCUGAUAUUAUUAGACAGCAAUCGUGUGCAUUGGUCUUGACGUAUGUUGUCAUGUAUUUCCAGAGUCAGUGAGUGGUCAUCACGUGUCAUAUGGCUGGCAUUACUGGCCUCAUGAUAACUGUCGCUCUUCAUGUGGUCUGGCUGGAAUGAUUAACUUGGGAGCAACGUGUUAUAUGGCAUCGUGUAUGCAGCAGUUGUAUAUGAUGCCUGAAGCCAGAGCUUCUAUUCUGAAAGUCCAGGUAUGCACUUUAGCAUUCUUUGCAUAUUAAACCGUCUUAUACCAUAGACGCAUAAUCCUUCUGGACCAGCUUGGUCAACCUUAGGUAGAGAAAAUGUUUGGAUUAUUCGUUUUUGGCAUCUUCCCAGAUUUAGAGUCUUCUAUCACAUUGAGGCGUGGGACAUUCUUUCAGGUUGGGGACCCUCUGUCAACUUGGAACCCUUUGUCAAUUUGGUGCCCGGUAUCAGGUUGGAAGUCGUAGCAGGACUACCCCCUUCUCUAAAGAGAACAUUUUUAAAUGUACGAUGUGGAAUAACCCAAUGAAUGUAAACUCUUGUUUCUCUCCCACAGCCGACUGGCAACAAGAAAUUGGAUACGUCUUUGAAAGAAAUGCAGAAAAUGUUCUGUUUCCUAAUGGUAAAUAUUUCAGAAAGAAAGAAGUAUUAGUGGACAUUGAAUGGACGAAUUUCCGAAAGCACGACAGCAGAUGGUGGUCAAUUUCAGAAAUGUUGACAUCGAUAGAAGCAAGAGAAUUAAACUAUUUUUCUCAAUUUGCCACCAAAUCAAGACUGCUACAUAUAUUGAAAAGAGUGAACAUUAUUUUCUCACGCUGAUAGCUACAGUUUGACAAACAUCUGCUGCAUGAGAAUGCUUAGUGAACGCUAUCUAUCUACCGUUCAUUUAUACAGUAUAUUAUAUUAAAAGUACGCUAGUAAGACAAGUGUAUCUUGUAUACGUUUAUAUAAAUAUACGUUUUUCAUAGGAAAGUGAAAGGAAAGCGUAUAACCCGAGGUCAUUUUGUAAAACAUACAUCAUGGAUAAGAAACCAUUAAACACAGGAGAGCAGAAAGAUAUGAAUGAAUUUUUUACUGAUCUCAUCACCAAGCUUGAAGAUAUGUCACCAGAUAUGGUAUGUAGUGCUCUCUAAAUGAAACUGGACAGCUCUAUCAGUUGUAAACUGUUCUCUCUGGAGGUUCAGUAAGGGCCAGCUGGUAUAGGCCCAAUGUAGUCACAGGCGGAAUCCCACGUACCUGGAGAAAAUCUCUUGGCAAAAUUAUAACGUAAGAAGUGCGUAUUACAGGAACUGUCAGUAAGUGAUACCCUCAUCGUAGCACUAACACCCUACGACCUUAAAUGACCUUUCUUUAUUUAUACUUUCCAAUAUUUUUGUAGAGAGAAUUGGUGAGAGACUUGUUUUGUGGAGAGACCAGCAACAACGUUGUUUCACUGGUAAGAAUAUAGCUGGUCUCAUUGCCAGAUAAUGUUAGAAAGCUAUCUGUAAGGGCGUGGCCAAGGGAAGGGUUAAGUUCAUCACAUAGAGGGUUGCAGCAUAAGUUACCUAAUAAAUACCGUAUUUAUCAUACCAUUAUAUAAUGAAUACCAUAAAUAACCAAAAAUUAAUUAUGCUCUCCUUCAUGCUAACCUUUGUCUAGGGGUAUACCUCCUCUUUCUAGGGUGUGAAACCUGCAAUGCCCGCUUUGCCCUGUCCCGCACAUAGUGAAAAAACAAAUUUCGUUGUUUGUUAGGAUUGUUCUCAUGUCAGUCAAACCAAGGAAGAGUUCUUCUCUGUGAGGUGUACAGUUGCUGACAUGAAAGAUCUCUAUGUAAGUACUGGACUGCUUUAUAAGAUUACGUCAUGUUCUGUGCUUAGUUAUGACGUAAUAAACGAGUUCAAAGUUUGUGUUCAGAUGAGUUAAACUUAUCUUUGCUGUCAGGAAUCCCUAAAUGAAGUGACGAUCAAAGAUACUCUGGAAGGAGACAAUAUGUACACUUGUUCACAAUGUGGCACGAAAGUCAGAGCUGAGAAAAGGUACAGUAGACUAACUUUGAUUUUGUUUAUUCAGUUUCUCACUCAUUGGUCAGCGGGUUCCCCAAUUGAUAGAGGAUCCGAGGUACCUACAAUUUUAAUGUCCUUAUCCGAGAAGACGCGACAGUCUAACCAUUUACUGAUGUCAAUGUAAUGUCAACCUCUACUCAAGGUCUUAAAAUAACUAAGAAGAAAGAGCUACCUAGCUCUUUCUCCUCAAUUGACCAUUUGCGUAAUAGACUAAAUUUUGAUCUCAACAAAAAUUUCAUUACAGCUAGAAAGAGCAUCACAAAAUUAGUAAUAUUCCAAAGUUUCGUUACAAGAUGUUGUAAAAUGCGGAAAAUAUAGCCUUGCGAAAUUUGCAAUUUUCAGUCAUUUUAGAUUACAAACCGGAAAUUGACAGCCUCGAAGGGUUUGAGGCUGUCAAUUUCCCGUUUGUAAUCUAAAAUGACUGAAAAUUGCAAAUUUCACAAGGCUAUAUUAUCCGCAUUUUACAACAUUUCGCAACGAAACUUUGGAAUAUUACUAAUUUUGUGAUGCUCCUUCAAGCUGUGAUGAAAUUUUUUUCUAGACUUGUUUAGUUCAAAAGUUAGUCUAUUACGCAAAUGGUCAAUUACCUAGCUCUUUCUCCUCAAUUAUUUUAAGAUCUUGAGUAGAGGUCCGACGAAGGAUUGAACCCGGAUCUCCCAGCUUGGAAGACAAACGUAGUGAACACGUCAACACAAGAGCUGUUUUUUUUAAGCUGAAUAUGUCUUUUGCUGGAUAUCUCUACGAACACCCCCGGGAGACAAAAUAAGCACACUUAUCAAACGAAGUUGUGUUUAUUUCUCUUCUCCAGGGCUUGUUUUAAAGUUCUUCCUCGCAUUUUGUGUUUCAACACAAUGAGAUACACGUUCAAUAUGGUGACGAUGAUGAAGGAGAAAGUCAACACGCAUUUCUCGUUUCCAAGACAACUGAACAUGGCGCCAUACACAGAGGAGUACUUGAUGGGAGAGAAGAAAGAUCAAGGUAACAGUUUCUGUAUUUACAAGUAUAGUUUUCAGGAGGUUUUAUAGGUUUCUGUUUUGCUUUUCAUUCCUCUCGUUCGUUUGUGAUAAACCUACAACAAUAAUAACAACAAAACUAGUACAAACAUUUGGUUUUCCAUAGAUCCGGAAAAAGACUUGAAUUAUAUUUAUAAUUUAAUCGGAGUUGUCGUUCAUACGGGGACAGCUGAAGGAGGACAUUAUUACAGUUUUAUACGAGAUCGAACAUCAGGUCAGAAUGAUCGCUGGUUCCUCUUCAACGAUGCUGAAGUUAAACCGUUUGAUCCGCAGCAGAUUGCAUCUGAAUGUUUUGGAGGCGAAAUGAUGGUAGGAUCGAGUGACAAAACUUUCCUGAGGUUUACUCCAGGGUGAUCACCCUUUGCAUUCAUCAGGGGGGGGCACUACUUUCCCAAGGGAGUCACCCCCUAUGAUGGACACUCCUACAAAAUGGGCAGCCCUCUCCAAGGUGAUUAGUGAUUACCCCUCUCUGAGGUGUUGCCUUUCCUCCAUUGGGUAUCUUCUGUCUAAAGUAGUACGUGCCUUUCCGACCGGAACUCUCGGUUCCUUCAAUAUACAAUUUUUAUUGUCCCCCUUAGUCGCAAGUGAGAAGAGUGCUUCCGGUUUGACUCUACCAAGCAUCACAGGUUUCAUCCGGUUGGUAGCAAUUGACCAAUGAGGAAUGAAUCGCUUUCUGAAUCAUUAACGUGAACAGUUUAGAAGUGCAGUAUAAAUAAAAUUAGUUUAGUUUAGGUGUCCUCCUGUAGUAAACACUGCACCACCUACUAGAUUUCUGUGGAGAACAGUUUAAAACUGACCAACUUUCCGGUAUAAAUAAAGUUAUUGUAAGUUUCGAAGUUUAGUAUGAUCAUUCUGUCGAAUUGUGUAUUACAACAAGGUAAAUGCUCAUCAAACAUCUCAUGUCUUUCUCGCGCAAGAAACUAAAUCCUCUCUCCCAAUUUUAGACCAAGACCUACGAUGCUGUCACGGAAAAAUUCUUGGAUUUCUCAUUCGAGAAAACACACAGUGCCUACAUGCUAUUUUACGAACGCGAGGAAAGAUCUCGCAACACUGAAACAGGCUCUUCUGCGAGCGAAAUGGAUCCCGAACUUUUAUCUUGGAUUUGGAAAGACAAUAUUCAAUUUAUCCGCGAUAAACAAAUAUUCGAUUUGACGUACUUCAAUACCAUGUGGUUACUGUGUAGUAAAGUGGCUCCCACAUUUACAGAGUCUUCACAAACCUCGUUAUCGAAUGUUAAGCUUGCUACCUCGUUUUUACUCGAGACAUUUAUUCAUUCAAAAGAGAAGCCAGGUUUGAAAGCAUGGAGUGAUUUAUUGGUGGUUCAUUUUGAUAACAGUCGCGAGGCAUGUCAGUGGUUCUUGGAUCAUAUGGCUGAGGACAGCUGGUGGUUGCAACAGAUAUUGCUUAGGUGUCCUGUACAAGCCACGAGACAGGUUAGUUGGAAACAUUGCUUGUUUGUAUGAGGUCUUGUGACCCAAUCAAACGAGAACAAGAGUUGCAUGAAAGUUGAUAAGAGUUAACUGGAUAUUCUCGUUACAGUCGAUUUCACGAAACUUUGGCCACAAAUGUUCCGAACUUCGUUGCGAAGUUCGCAAGUUCGUUGCAAAAUUCGGAAGUUCAUAUUGGAAUUCACAAGCCAAUUUGUGAACAAAGUCCCUGAUUGGUCCCUGAAGUAAAAGAAACCAAUCAAAUGCGUUGUUUACAAACUAGUAUGUGAAUCUCAUUGUGAACUUUUGAACUACGCAACGAACUUGCGAACUUCGCAACGAAGUUCGGAACAUUUGUGGCCAAAGUUUCGUGAAAUCGACUGUAAAAUUUGAAUCAGCUCAAAGUCGAUGAGAGUUCAUAAAGGCCUUUUUACACUUGCAAUUUUUGCUGCGAUUUUAGGUGCGAUUUUCUUCGUCUGAUGGAUGUGAACGAUGGAUACGAGGGGACAUCAGCGAGACAUGCAUGUACUCAGAACAUUCACAACUUAUUUACUCGUUCACAUCCAUCAGAAAGAGAAAAUUGCACUAGAAAUCGCAGCAAAAAGUGUAAACGGGCCUUAAGAGUUUGUGGUGAAAUUCGAGCAAGAGUUGCAACUCUCAUCAACUUUCAUUCUCGUGUGACCGUGGCUUUAGCAUAACAUUUAGCAAUUGUGCCAUCCAGUCAGAAUAUUUCAUUGCUUUUCAUUUUCUCCAUGCCAUCCUUUUGCUCUGCUGUAAAUCAGCUAUAUUUUACUUACUAUCACGUUUUUAACACUAAAUAGUUCGAUGAAAGACACCAUGCACGACUGUGUCACCAUCACCUCAGUUCUAAUUGUGCUGAAUUUCAUCUCGUAGGUGUUCGCUCGAUUGUGUCUCCACGUAAUCCAGAUCCUUCGACCUUCUCAAGUGGCGCUUUACUGUUCAUCACAGAAAGAGUAAGUGGACCCAGAAAAAAAGCAUUUGACUUUCACUACCAUUAAGGGGCCAAUCAGAUGCGUUCACUCUACCCGAUUAACCAAUCAGAUGCGUUCACUCUACCCGAUUAACCAAUCACAUGCGUACUUAGUGAGUAAACGGUAGUGGAAGUCAAAUCUGAAACUCACUAUUGUCCAGAAAUGAGUCCAGAAAGUGAAGCCAACUUCGUGUUAACCGCGCGGACAAAAACAAUAUAAAAGGACUGGAACUGGCAUGCAUGAUACUUGGUUAGUGAUACGGUCCGUUAGAAAAAACUAGAAAUAGCUGGGAAAAUGGUAUUAAAACUGUUUACGACCUUCAGAGCUAUUGGACGUCAAUUUCCGCCAUCUUGGCUUCACUUUUCUCAUAGGCCGAAUGACUGAAGUUCUUGCUCCAGAUAUAUAUAGAGCUCACUGGACUCUUCCUGCUUUUCUUCUAGUGUUGAAAAUGGCGGACAAAAACCUGCAGCCUCCUGUUCUGUGACGAACUUUGUGCAAACCAUUCUAAAAUUGGUGAGUACUGAGCAAGGCUCGUUACUGUCAGAUCUGGAGAAAAUGUUUAAUGUUCCUCGGAUCCUGAAUUUGUCUUUUUCAAAUGUUCCUCAAAAGUGCGUAAAAACAAGGAAAAUAUGAUGGUACAUUACGCCAUUAUGUAUUCAACAAACAACACUUGUUUGUAUGUUUCAAAUGAGGGCUAAAGAAGUAUGAUCUAAUGAUUCCUACGAUUCUCCUAUAACGUAUGUGUGACAAAAUGUUCCUCAAUUUUCUUGAUAAGGCAAACGUUCCUCGGGAUCUAGACCUCACUUUUUCCAGCUCUACUCUUUAGACCUAUUGCAAUGACUCUUUUUGACCCGUUGCUUUUCUUUGACAGCUUUCUACAAAUGUAAAGAACCACAUGCGAAAUAUGACGGAGUUGUUCUCAUUUCUUCAUCAAUUUUGUCAACUGGGAAGCGAAGAGGUUGGUGAAUAGAGUUUACCACGGCCGGUUGUUCAAAACACGAUUAGUGCUAACCCUGGGUAAAAAUUGAAGCCAUUGCCUUGGUUUAUGAACAGUAUAUAUGUACGUCUGUUUAUUGCGAAACCUUAGAAAAUUAAACUUCUGAUGAUCCAGACAAGAUUUCUGAAAAAUAAGUUUAUAAACAAGCUCGGCUUGGAAGUAUGCUGUGAAUUUCACGCUAACCUAGGGUUAAGUUAACCGGCUUUUGAACGACCAGCCCCAGGAGUAAAAACAUUUCCUAAGAAUGCUUUGUAUAUCAGUGAGAUACUUGCUAAUAUGAAUUAACUUUCUCUUUUUCCUGCAGAGGCGAUAUUUGUUAUCUGUCAACACUAUAACAACACUUGUGAACUUUUUCUUCAAGCUAAAGUCCAACGAACCGGUACGUCAUAUUUCUCUUCAUGAUAUUCAUACGAACGCCUGAUCGCAGGCUACCUUGAGUUUAACCCCCUAACUUCCUGAUUGCUCAACUCUGCCAGUUGGGAGAACUCAAUGACAAGCUGAUGUCCAUUCUUUGUUUUUCAGAUUGAAGUAACUGAGGAUGAUGACGUAGAUGAUGACGAUGACGACGUUGUUCCGAUUUUUCCCGAAGAGAAGUUCCGACCAUUUGCUCUGGAAAAGAUGGUCACAGUCAUUGCGUUCUUGGUGGAGGAGGCGAAAGGACAAUCGUAUGUGUCUAUGCUUACGACUUUGUUCAGGAGUUCACCGGAAUAUGUACCUAGAAAAACCACCCUUAUCUUGCAAAGAUGGAUUUACUUGGGGAGGGGGGGGGGGGGGGUGUGGCAAGGAUAUUAAUUUCCUUGUACAGUCCAAUUGUUUGGGCUUUACUUUUGGCCCCUUUGUCCUUCAAGGCAACUUUUUUCUAAAAUAAUUUUGACAAACUUAGAAUUGAUCUAAGAACCCCUGCCCCACUUUUAUCGGGAGCUAACCCUUGCAGGCUGCCGGGAACUCUAUCCCCUGAACGUCGUAACUUCAGGGCUGUCACGAGGUCAUAUGAUUGAUAUGAGGUUCUGUGAUUGGUUGAUUAUAACAAUGAAACACCAUUACACUAAAGAAUAAAUUUUCUAAAGAACGAGUCAAUAACAAAACCUGUUGGUAUGUACUCCAGCUUUAUCUCUGAUGAUGCAACCUACCUCGGUUGAUGAUUGCGCCCCACCCCCCACCCCCCAACUAUGACAAAAAGUUCGCUCACCACAUCCACUCUUUUCCUCACUCGAUCAUAUUUUGUCGAUAACAAUGCAAGUGUUUUUUCUUUCUUCAGAAAAGAGGUUCAGUUAUCAGAAAGCGAUAACGAAGCACUCCUCGGUGGCCAGGUACUCCAUCCAGACACUCGAUAUCAGUUGACACUUGUUUAACACAAGAACCUAGUUGAGCUUUUUAGUGGUGCAGGGUGUAUCCAGUGGAGCAGGGUGUAUCUAUUGAUUCCUUUAGUUAAUAUUCUGUAGUUAUUCUUAGUGUACCUUUUGUUUUGUCCAGGGAUAUCCUUUCAUCUUUGAGAUUGUAAAGGAUGUAGUGAACCUGAAGCACACAGGCAAUCUUGUCUUUACACUCUGUAUGCACAACCAAGAUCGUGCUGAAAAAGUAAGUACCACGUGAUGGGCUAGUUGUCAAUGCACUUGCCUUUCACCAACCUCGUUUUUCGUAUGAGAGAAAUCUACCAUUGACGCUAAACAGGCUACCAGCUCUUGAGGUAUAUACAGCACGCACAGGUAGUUUAUUGUUAUCUUUUGAAUUGCUUUAGAUUGUUUCGACGUUGAUGUCUUCCGUGAAACGACUUUCAUCCGAGGUACAGUUAAAAUUGUUAAGCUAUAUAGCAUCCUGGUUUAAAAAUAUCCUAGUUGAGUUGUUUUUCUUUCGUUUCGUUUUCUUUAGUUUUACUGUUCAACUGUUGAUGCAUGAUACGAUUUUUCGCAACAAAAUAUUUUUUCUCUUCUAGCAAACUCAGCCAUUCUUUAAGCUGCUCAAUACUCUCACUGAACUGAGUCUGGGGACUCCUGGGCCUUUCUCCUUCACAAAUCUCAUCUUGGCAAGAAUUUGGGAGGUAAACUUAAGCCUGUGCGCCGUCUACAUGUUAUACUCCAUCAUAUAAAUGUUAAAAGCUUAUAAAAUAGUACAGGUGAAAAUUUCACAAUUUGAAUCGGAAUAUUUACUCUUUUAUAUAUAGGCAGCAGAAUAUAAUGCCUGUGUUUGUCUUGAAUGGCUUCAGAAUGUCGUUUCAAAGAAUAAAAUGGUAAGAUUAGCCUUCUUGCAGGAGCGUGUGUUUCCCAAGGGUGAAAUAGUGUCACUCUCCUCAUAAAUACAAUGAUACAAGCGGCUGCAAGCAGGUUAUGAUAAGAUAUGUCAGAGAAGUGUAGUGAACUAGAUAAGAUCCAAACACGUUAAGAGUCUUCUUUAGGAGCGUAGAGGAAAGAGCCUGGGUACGAGGUUGGUGAGAUGAUAAAACUAAAACCUAAUAUAAUCAAAGAGUUUUUGAUGUAGUCUAAAAUGUAACCAAUGUUUCCUUACUAGGCUCGUCAGUUUGUUCUAAGCCACAUGGAUACAUGGGUUGAACCAUUUCUUGUGGCUGACAAUAGUAUGCGUAUUCGAAACGGUAUGUACAAAUCUAGUGAAAGACGCUGUUGUUACAAAUAGCGCUUGUUGGUCGAGUGUUAAAGACCAUUGUACAGUAUAUUGCUGGAAUCAUUCCUCCAAUCAUGAGUCACUCACAUUUGUUUUUUUACAUUAGAUGUACAUACAGUACACCAUUCCGGAAAUUACGUAACUUUGCAUGUUAAAGCCCAAAGUCUCACGAAAACGGAGCUGUAUGGCCAAGAUGUGAAAGCGUGUAUUCUACUGUUUAUGUAAAUUGUGAUAUCAAUUUUUUUCUCAGAUUCUGCGUAUUUGUUGGUAGCACUCAUACCCAACAAUCCGUUCAAACAAGGCUUUAGGUAAGAACAUUUAAUGUAUUUUACCUCAAGAACAUAUUGUCUCCAACAUAUUCCGGGUUUUUAUUGUAGAACCAAGACGUUUGUCACUCCUCUGAAAGAUGUGCAGGUAGGUAUAUAUGUCCUUGCAACCCCCAUCUUUCUACUCUUUUUGACAUCUUUGGCAAAUGUUUGAUGUUGUUUUUGUGGCACUAUUCCAUGCUUAUUAUUUGUUUGUCUUUUUUCUAGCUGUCACCGGAGGCUCAAACAGUGCUCCACAAGGUUUGUGUGACAAUUUCUGCAGCAUUUUCAAACAUUGUAGAAUUAGGCUUUCUCACUACAACCUUGUCUGCCAUUUUUGGCUAGAGUUAGUGUAUUAAAAACACCGCACUGUUGUUUAUGAGUGCUUUACGAAAACCAUUCUCUGCUCAGCUUGCCACCAGAAAUGACGGACAAGGUCUGGUCGCAUGGCGAAGGCUAAUUGCUGGGCAUUCAGCGCAUGAAACAAGGUGAUGAGGGCCGGAAAAAAAGAAUUUUCUUCCUGGGAGUACAACCUGAAGUCAAAAAUUUCCUGCAGACCAACGGAGUAUUUUUUGUGCUAAAUCUGCAUGUGCAUAAACAUAUAGUGUUCUAGCUGACCAUGGUUUUAAAUUCAAGGAAUAAUGUCUGUCAACCAUAUGUUGUUGCAGCAAAUCUACAUUCAAAUGAAUUUCCUGCAUUUGUUUAACAUUUCUUGCGAGCAGUGCUCGCGUGCUGCUCGCCUAUUUUUUCCACCUCUGGACUAAAAAGUAAGGAUUUUUUUUUCUUUGUGUUUAGGUCUACGGCACUUUGCUCAAACUCAUGCCAAAACUGAAGACAUAUUGUGGUUAGUAUUAUCAUGCAAGAAAUAAAUAACUAUUUACGUUCAGAUUUCACUUCCACUACCUCUUACUGGCCUAAUACGCCUUUGAUUAAUCGGGUAGAUUAAACGCAUUUGAUUGGUCAAAAUCUGAACCUCUCUAUAGAGCGUUUGCACAUGACGUCACAGUUGGUUUUCCAAUUCAAAAUAAUUUUAAUUGGAAGAGGUUAUUUCGCUGGCCUCAGAGUGACAAAACGUAACAAAGCAACGGUUUUACUGUCACUAACCCUACUCCAAAUACCAACUCUAAUCCUUACCCUAACCUAACCCUACUCCAAAUUUGUUUCUAAACCAAUCUCGAAGAAAAACGUUUUGACGAAAUGUCAUUCUGAGGUCAGAGAAAUAGUUGAUGCCAUUUUAAUAAGACUAUUUUGUCUGGAACACCAACAUGGCCGCCAUGGCUUUUAUUGAGUUGGUCCCUGGGGAAUGAGGGCAAACGCUCUAUUAAAUCAAUGGACCUAUUCCCUAAUGAACAAAAUUUUGAUCUAGACAAGUCCAGAGAAACAUUUCAUCACAGCUUGAAAGAGCAUCACAAAAUUAGUAAUAUUCCGAUGUUUCGUUGCGAAAUGUUGUAAAAUGCGGAUAAUAUAGCACUGCGAAGUUUGCCGUUUUUCAGUCAUUUUGUAUUACGCGUGGGAAAUUGAUACCGCUUUCAGAAAACAGGUAUCAAUUUCCCGUGCGUAAUACAAAAUGACUGAAAAACGGCAAACUUCGCAGGGCUAUAUUAUCCGCAGUUUACAACAUUUUAAAACGAAACUUCGGAAUAUUACUAAUUUUGUGAUGCUCUUUCAGGCUGUGAUGAAAUUUUUGUCUUGAUCAAAAUUUUGUUUAUUAGGGAAUAGGUCCAUUAAUAUGGUCUAAAUAACUUUUCAUAUUUCAGAUCGAACUCUACAUGGUACAACGAAGCUGACGAGUUAUUUCACUGUUUUGAAUUAUUGUCUCAUUUCAAACAAAGAAAAAGAAAUGGUAUGAUAUUAUAUUUUCACGAUGUACAUGCCAUGAGUAUGAUUAGGGAUAAAUAGUGGAGUUCAUUGCUGUAGAAUCCAGGAUGGAGUCAAACUUAAACUUUUACAUUGUUCUUUGCUAGUUUACGUCGCAUUCUAUUGAUAUAUGGAAGAUGUUUCAUCCUCUCAUGUCCGAACCAAAUAUCUCCGUAUUUCCAAAUAAACAGGUAACUUGAAUUACUACACUGAAUAAAUAUUACUGUAUUUAUUAGCAUGACACUGAAAUUACUGGAUGCUGAUUGGUUGAGAGGAGUACAAUUACUUCGUUAAUUAAUUUUACUGCAGUACAAUUAAUGAUUUUCCCAAAACAAACAAAAUGGCGGUAAGGUAUUUGAAAACAACUGAAAUUGCCCUAGAGGAACUUAAAGCAAAAUAACUAAAUGAAAAUGCGAAUAUUGGUUGAACGUCUGGCAGGACUGGGCUUUGGUGAGAGAAUAUGAUGUUGACAUUGAGAAUUAUCCAAUUUUGUCAUGCUAAUAAUAAACAAGUAACCAUGCGAUGUUGCUCGUACAUUUAGGGAUUAAUAAUACUCGUGAUGUUUGGAAAUUUUGCCAAAUUGGACUCACCCCGGCGGCUCGUCCAAUUUUGGGAAAAUUUGCAAAUAUCACAUUGCAUGAUUACCUUAUACUAAUGACAUGUACUUUCAAUAAAUCCUUCAACAACAUCAAAUGCGUUUAACACUGGAAAAAAUUUGAAAAUCCAUAGAAGGUCAUGGAAUGGAAAUUGUAUGGACCUUUAUUGGAAAUAGAAUGGAUUUUGAUUAUCCAUAAUAAUUGUAUAUUUCCAUAGUGUGGAUAUAGGAUGGAAAUAGGAUGGAUAUACUAUGGAUUUAGUGGUGUGGUGCAAUUGCAAAUGUCGUGGUGUGGAUUUCACUUUUUUUCCCAUUGUAAAUUACCCCCAAUCAACCAAUCAAAUGCGUAUUAAGCCAGUGCGGGGAAAUCAAAUGUCAACCUCUCUAUGAUUGUAUCUAGUAUUGAACUAACCAAUGUACCAUAUAUACAUUUUCUUCUGAACAGGCUUUGUUGACAUUUUGGUACCAUGUUUGCAAUGGUUGUGAAAAAAACGUGGCUUUUAUAACGGAUACUUCCCAAGUCGUCGAAAAUAUACCAUUUAACUACAUCUUGUGAGUAAUUGCUUGCUUAGAAGUGUAAUGUAGCAAUACCAUAUAUAAUAAGAUAAAGUAUAAGCACUGUGACUAGUCCAUGCUGACAACUAAACAAUCUAGCGAUGUUGUUGAAUGUAUCUUUCGUCUUUGUUACCACAGUUCAAUUAUUACAUUUCCUGAUUAUAAUUUUACCUCAGUCGCAUCUGAGAAUAGUGUUUACAGUAUAACUCUAGCAAAACCAUACUCUGGCACUCUAGUAUUAUUCAGUAUCCUUCUGUAAUAUCAUUGAAUCAAUAAGAGAUGGUCUUAUUAGACCUAUGGGGAGAACAGUUUAGACCUGCUAGAGCUGUUCAGCAUAUUAAAUAAAGUUGUUUAGGUUUCCUCCUGUAGUGAACUGAACCUGUGAGAAAUGGCACUUUCCUCAAGAGAGCAUUUUACAAGCUGAUAGAGAUGGAUCGCCUUUUUCUGUAGCUUUCAUCAUGCUACAUCUCACUGCACAUUGAGGGCAUUUACACAAAAGAAUCUCAUUAGAAUUUCAUUAGAAUUCAUUAGAAUCUCAUUAGAUUUUCUGUAGCUUUCAUCAUGCUACAUCUCACUGCACAUUGAGGGCAUUUACACAAAAGAAUCCUCAUUAGAAUUUCAUUAGAAUUCAUUAGAAUCUCAUUAGAGUUUCAUUAGAAUCUCAUUAGAAUUUUAUUAGAAUCUCAUUAGAAUUUCAUUACUUGCCCUCCAUCUUCUUUUGUGUUAAAGUCUCGUGGAAUGCUUGAAAGCCAGCUAUUUUGAAUAAUUUUGUAUAUUUUGUUUUGCGUUUAGAUCGAAUGACGACCCAGAAGUUAUCGCAUUCAAUCGAAGUGUUCUUCCAGUUUAUUAUGGUUUAUUAAGACUUGCUUGUGAACAUUCAGCUCAGUUUACUCGAGAACUAGCCAAGCAUGCCAACAUGACCUGGGCUUUUGAGUACCUGACGUCUAGAAUUAACCAAUACCCUAAGGUAAGGGACACUGGAUAUCUCGGGGGGUGGGGUGGGGGAUGAUUAUUCAAAGAGCGAUUAGCGUUAAUCUUGGAUUAUAAUAUAGCUAUGCAUAGUAUUAGGUAUGUGUUGUAUUUGAGACCCUUGUACACUUGCAAUUUUUAGGGCGAUUUUCAGACAGCUUUGAUAACACAUUGCCCAGCGAAACAUAUUGCCCAGCGGUUAGUCCAUGAGCCUUUUCACAUUUGUGACCAACUAUUCCGUUCUUCCUGUUGUAGGCUGUUGACGAGCUGUUCAAUCUGAUGAAUUUAUUUUCUGGCAAUGGUCAAAAUUUGACGAAGAGUUCCGAGGUUUCGGCCGCCGCGGCCUUCCGUACACGAACGAUCAAAAUGUAUAUGACGUCAUUAGAUUGUGGGACUUACUGGACUACCCUCAUUUAGUAAGUAUCGAAUCGUACAAAUACCGAGUCACCAAAAAGUGUGUUGGAAAACAAGGCGCCAGCCAAGUGUUAUUUUGUGGUAUAUUAAAAUCCCUUAUACGUUCAACGACUUCGUGAGUAAGAUUUAGCUUCUCAAAUGAACCAAUAUUUCAAGAGGUAUUCAACGCAAAAGUUGACGCUUAUCACCGUGGAAUUAUUACAACAAUUUGGUGUUGAUUUCCGUCAGAUUUUGCCUACACGAAGUAUUAAUGAAUUAAAAAUUGCAACAAAGAAAAUUGGAAAUCGCGUUAAUUUGAGGCCUCUUUCAACAAGUAAAUUUCAUGUUUCAUUUUAGUGCAUUGAAAAUAUUGCUUCAAACGGAGGAAGACAAGUUGACGGUUGCACUCAACAAUGGUUUAAUGUCAUUAGCUGAUGUGAGUUCUUGCAGUGCAUAUUGUAAACGUUUUACAGUGGGUGGGGUGGGGGAAAGGGGGGCAACACCAAGAUUAGGGCCCAAUGUACGUGGGCUACCCAGAGUAAGAUUUUGGUCACUCAGAGUAAGGUUAGGGCCCAGUCUGAGCCACUAACUAGUGGGGGCCAAAUGGACCCCCAAUAUAUUUGUUGAAAUAUGCCUUGAGUCCUUGUUGUAUGUUCUUUCCUUUUGAUGUUUGGUUCCUGUAAUGUGCACUUGUCAGAUUAUAAUAGAAGAGUACUUCCAAUUUUAUUCUACCAAAUACCACAGCCCCACGUAAUUGGGUUUCCUUCUGUCCAUUCCUGACUUCUAGGAAGAACAGUUAGGACACAUAGAGCUAAUCCAGUAUAAAUAACUAUGAUAAGUCAUUCUCGAGAUGUUAUUUUUUAAGGCGUUUACGACAUUGCACUUGAUGUACCACGAGGCAACAGCUUGUCACGUGACUGGGGACUUGACAGAUGUAUUGUCUGUGAUGUUGAAUAUUUUUAACUGCUGUCGUGCCCACAUGAACAGACAAGGUAAUAUAUAUUUCCACAUUGUAAGAGAUUAUCCUUACUGAACCUCUAGGAAGAACUGCCAAGAAGAAAUAGAGCUAUCCAGUAUACAUAAAGUUAGUUAAGUUUAGGUUUCCUGUAGUAACACUUGAUCAAUAAAAGAUGAUCCUUACUGAACCUCUAGGAAGAACAGUUCUAGGAAGAACAGUCAAGAAGAAAUAGAGCUAUCCAGUGUAAAUAAAGUUAGUUAAGUUUAGGUUUCCUCCUGUAGUAACACUGGAGCAAUAAGAGAUUAUCCUUACUGGACCUCUAGGGAGAACUGUCAAGAAGAAAUAGAGCUAUCCAGUGUGAAUAAAGUUGGUUUAGUUAAGGUUUCCUUCCGUAGUAACUCCAGACUAAUAAAAUAUGUUUUUUUGUUGUUAUCUGCAAUGCUGUUAAGCAAUUAAAGCAACGUUGAAAAUUAUUGCUUUCAGACGUAAAGAGCGGUAUAUAUGGAUGGGCAGAAAGAAUCGACAUGGCUCAAAAAUUGCUCUCACUUUUAAAUUUUUAUACACCGAAGGAGAUUCGGAAAUGCUGUUUAGGUAGAAUGUUUUUAACUUCGUAUGAUAUUGUUUUCCAGUGUCUUUAAGAACAGGCUUUUGGUUUCAAACUAAAUUUCUAUAUUUUAUAUUUCUAUAGAGGUUUUACAUACAAUUAUUUUAAUAUACCAAGACGAUUGCGUCAAUUCUCUGGUUCCAAUUAUUUACCAAUCUCACAGAAGUCGUAAAGAAAACCCUGAUUCCAGUAAGUUAGCUUAAAAAGUCUGGAGUUGACCCAUAGCUCGGUUCCUAGGAACCCCUACGUCGUGUUGCUAUUGCUGAUUUUAAUGAUGCCCACUUUACGUCUCAAUUAAUCUGCUGGCAUUUCGCUCAUACGACACCUAUCCUUAAAAGCGACAAGAUUAAGACCCCGUUCAAACGAUAUCGGCAUUCUCAUGCCGGCAGAAAAUCAUCACGGUUCCAACUGUUCACACGAUACCGACAGAUUAUAUUCCGCUUUGACAAUAUGCUGCACAAAUCAGUUAAAAUAGACAGAAUAAAAUAUCCAGCAACAACUUUUGCAGUUUUGUUAAUUUCAUUUUGCAUAACCGUAAUGAAAUUCUUACGGUUAGGCGUUCACACGGCACUCUGACGGUGUAGAGUUUCGUUCCGUUUUCAAACUCUUACGGUUUGCAUACCGCGUUUUCAAACUCUUACGGUUAGCGUUACGGUUUCACAUUUUUUCAUACAGGCAUCGUGUGAACGCAACCCCUAAACGUAAGAAUUUCGCUCCGUUUUCAAACUCUGCCGGUAUCGUGUGAACGAGGUUUAAGGCUUACUUUAUUCACAGUACAUGUCAAUCUUUCGUUGUAGUAUCCCUACACGCAGUCAUAAUGACAACUAUUAUUUUGGUCAUACUUUAUUUAUUUGCUUUUCUUUUCGUCUCCAGUCCCCCUAGGUCCAUUCUUCCCUCGCCGUUAUGGAAAAGGUUCAAUAAACAGUAAAUCAUCUCGACAGAUGGCAGUUCCCGAAAUCAACAUGGCGUUACAUAGGAGUUAUAUUGAUUGUUCCAAGGUACAUAUUGGGGCAGAUACCAGGCUUGGAUGUGAAGGGUUUGGUUAGGGGGGGGGGCUUGCGGGGGUGCACAUGCUGCAGCCUUCCAACACCCCCCACACACACACACCACCCACUCACUCAUCGACCAGUUCGUCCGACCUUCUUCUUGGGCUCACGCCAUUUUUUCUGUCCCCACUCUGCAUGUAUUGGCGAAACAAAAUAAUAGUACUGUGUUUUUUACUGCACUAAAUUCACUCAUUCGCUGCCAUACAUCACUUCUCCUGGUUUGCGUAUUAUGAGACUAAUUUAAACCACGUGUUUAGGGAGUCGACGCAAAUUACGAUAAAGAGCUGACGGAUUAUUUUCUUCCAUAUCAUCAAUUUGUGGAUAAACUCGUGCGUUGUGGAUUGACCAACGAUAAAGUGAAUGAAAACGUCAUCAAAUUAAGUAAGUGUUAUGUACUAGAUACAGUAUGAGGGGCCAUGUUGUUUAUUGAAUUUGUAAAGCGUUGUGUGUAAAAUGUCUGCCUGAUUCUUUUAGCCCUUUAAUGGUUAUUUCGGGCAGACUGAACCCAUGACAUGUCAAAAAUAGUAUAUGUAAAAAGUGGGUUCAUAAUAAAUUUGUUGUAUCAGAUAUAGCUUGUGAAAUGUAAGGAUUUCAGUUGUUUUUAAGAAAAUUUAAGGUUAAAAAAGAAGUGAUUUUAACUGAGAAAAUCGAGGAAAAGUUUAUGCAAAUCAGAAGAAUUUUUUAUAUGUGGAUACAACACCUCAUUAAGCAUUUUCUCAUGGAUUAUUAAUGAGUUUUACAAUAAAUUAUUUAAACUUACAAUUUUUGAACAAUGAAUAAUUCGUUGUUUUAUCAUUGUUUAGGUUGUCUCAUGGCAAUGGAGGGUCUGCCUCUUCACUUCAUCUUAUUUACUAAAAUAUGGUCAGAAAUUUACAAUAAAUCCCAUGAGGUAUUGUCAUCAAACUUAUGAAAUUCAACUUGUCAUGUAUAAUUAAUUAUGUCUUUCAGUAAGAGUUGCGGGGUAGCAGAAAUAGUGGUCAACUGCAGAUAUUUUCAAGUCUUUGUAGGAGAAAGGAGACUAAACCACAUUUCUCAAUUCCAUUUAUUUGCCGCCAGAUGCAAGACCACUACAAAAGAACUAACAUUAUUUUCUCACUCUGAUGACUACAGGUCGACCAGAAUAGUUCUUAGUGAGACCCACAUAUAACUGAUAUUCCAUAUUUUCCCUCGACCUAGAUUCCGAAAUACAAAGCGUGGUUAAAAGAAUUAUGCCAACAGAACGAGUUCAUUGAGGUGAGUGGAAAUAAUUCUAAUGCGUUCAUUGAGUUGCGUCAAGAAGCUAUAUCACAUAUGCCAUAUAAUAUUUUAACUUACCUGUGGAAUAAAUAUAAUUUGUAACCUCUUUGUCACUAUACGUCUAAUAUGCAUGUUUUAUAUUCAGUAUGUAGAUCUCAUUUUGUUUGAAGAAAGAACAAUUAUCAAUGUGAAUCCAACAUAUUCCUUCCUCUGCAGUAUAUUUCCCAGGGUAGGUCUAUUCUAUGAAUUAUUCUUAGAAAUAAAUUAUUAUUGUUAUUAUUGUUCAGCGGCGUAGCCAGCUCGAUAAUUGGGGAGGGGGGGUCAUAUUCACAUAUUCGUGUUCACAGACCUUAAAAGCAAUCGAUUUCAAAAGAAAUUAAUAAUGCAGAGCACGAAUAUAUGAAUAUGGACAACCCCCCAAUUAUCAAGCUGGCUACGCCGCUGUUAUUGUUGUUACUACUAGUCGAAGAUGUGUCUGGAUGUAUUUGGUCUUCAACCACGUUCCCAGGCUUUUCCCCUUUUUAUCUAGUGUGUGUCCUCUUCACGUCAGUCAUCUUGACAUAAUUGUUUUUCUUUUCAACCAGAUAUCAUCACGUGUUGCACACGAGCAGUGGAAUUCUCUUGUCAAUACAUUGGUCUCGUCAAUUAUUGCUGAUCAAAACCAAGCUGAUGCUUUAAAAGACUCGGAACUCAAUGAUCUUGCACGACGUUUGACUGCGGUAAGACUUCAUUACAACAACCAGACAGUGUCGUAGCACGACAUGCCGUUUUAAGUGUUGUGUCUCUCUUUGACUUUGCCCUGAACAAACUUGGAGACAUUAUUGUGAAAACGUUUGAAAAUUUUUUUUUUAAAAAAACGUUUCAGGAAUUUUCCCGAAUGAUUUCCUGUUUGCCGACCCUUGGUAAUACUGUUGCUUGGAGAUGAGAUUCUAAUAGCGAUUCAAGAAUAGAUAGUUUCCUAAGUGUCAUUAUAGAGGUUCAGAUUUGACCUCCGUUACCAUUAAGGGGCUAUUAACCAAUCAGAUGCGUUUGAUAUAUCUAAUUAACCAAUCAGUUGACUACUAAGUCAGUGAGUGGUAGUGAGUCAAAUCUAUCUCUCUAUUUAUGUUGUGGAACAAUAUUUUUGGUUUGCAUUUUUAAGAAACUGGGUUUUUGGUUUGCCACCUUCGAUAAACAUGGCUAGGAAACGAUGUUUCCGCAACUAAGUUUGACCAUGGACAUGUGGUCCAUCUUGUUAUAGCGGCCUGAUGUCAACUCAGCUGACGAACUUAGGUUACGUCAAGCUAACUGCGUUAUUUCUUUAGGACCUCCGUGUGUUAUCACUACUCUUCACUGCGUCUGCGCCACAAAAAGCUGACGUCAGCGAAAUGUUGGUGCCAAGCUUGAAACGUCUUCUGGGUGUGUGUCGAAGACAUCAGAAAACGAAACAGGAUAAACGGAAUGAACAGAAGGAUGCGGAGAAAACGGAAGGAACGAAAGUGGAUGAGAAAAAAAGUGAGAAGGAUGGAAGUAAUAAUGAAAAUUAUAAAGACGAAGGUGAGAAGAAUGAGAAACACUCGGGUGAUGACGACUCCUCACGUCCUCCCCCGAGUAAACGAAGGCGUAGCGAAGAUGUCGCGACGUCUUCCGAAACUGGAGAGCCGAGUAUGUGCCCAGCUCAAAGCGAGGAAAAGAAAGAAGAGACUGGUGAAUCUAGCAAAGGGAGAAGAAUAGUUCAAGCAACUAAGGCGAGCGGACAACUGAUUAGGAAGAUUCAUUCAGACUGGGUUGACUCGUUAGCCAAAAUUAUUGAAUCGGUGAUGAGUAAAGUGCCAAAAUAAUCCGGUGUCUUUCAUCAUUUUAAUACUACGCGUUGCCGCGAAUUGCCAGUGAACAAAUAUCCUCUCUCCAGAAACAGUGCGACAAAAUAUGACAGGCAAGAAUUUGUAUAGUGCAGUUAAAUAUAGUUAAUGUGAUGUCAUAAACAUUUAGUACAAAUUUUGAUACGCGUUGCCUGACAGGUUUUCAAAUAAAACAUAAUGAUAGGAGGAAGGGGGUUGUUGAUUAUCUUUUCUUGCAGCCA